UCUUCUUCUCGGUAGGAUCUCUGCUGCUUUAGGAAACGUGGCCUUACUGAGACCCACCAGGACCCGUCAGAACCCAGCAGGACUAUCAGAACCCGCGGUUCUGGUAGAUGAAUGAGAACCUCCCAGCUCCCUUUUCCAUCUGUCAGUUUCCGGUCCCGGCAGUCCUCUGCAGCCCCUGUCUGAAGAAGCGCCAUGUCUGAGUCAGAACCGGUCCCGGUCCCGGAGGCCUCCGUCCUGGACGCGCUGAACGCCACGGACUCGAACGGUACCGAAGUUCUGAACGCCACGGCGAAGUUCGUGGCCACCUCGGAGGGCACGGCGCUGGCCUACGGAAGCCUGGUGGUCAUGGCCCUGCUGCCCAUCUUCUUCGGAGCCCUGCGGUCCGUCAGCUGCUCCAAGUCCAAGAACUCGUCGGACGCUCCGGAGACCAUCACCAGCCGAGACGCUGCUCGGUUCCCCAUCAUCGCCAGCUGCACUCUGUUUGGACUCUACCUGUUCUUCAAGGUGUUCUCCCAGGAGUACAUCAACCUGCUGCUCUCCGUUUACUUCUUCGUGCUGGGAGUCCUGGCGCUGUCCCACACCCUGAGUCCUCUGAUGUCCAGGAUGUUUCCAGAAUCGUUCCCCAACAGACAGUUCCAGCUGCUGUUCACGCAGGGCGCCGGGGAGGCCAGACAAGAAGUCGUGAAUUACGAGUUCGACACGAAGACUCUGGUGAGUCUGCUGAUCAGCACCGCGGUCGGGGUCUGGUACCUGUUCAAAAAGCACUGGAUAGCCAACAAUCUGUUCGGCCUGGCGUUCGCCCUGAACGGCGUGGAGCUGCUGCACCUGAACAACGUGAGCACCGGCUGCAUCCUGCUGGGGGGGCUGUUCGUCUACGACGUGUUCUGGGUGUUUGGGACCAACGUCAUGGUAACGGUGGCCAAGUCGUUUGAAGCUCCAAUCAAACUGGUCUUUCCUCAGGACUUAUUGGAGAGAGGACUGGAAGCCAGCAACUUUGCCAUGUUGGGACUGGGGGACAUAGUCAUCCCGGGGAUCUUCAUCGCCCUGCUGCUGCGCUUUGACGUCAGCCUGAAGAAGAACAGCAGGACGUACUUCUACUCCAGCUUCUUGGCCUACAUCUUCGGACUGGGCCUCACCAUCUUCGUCAUGCACACCUUCAAGCAUGCCCAGCCCGCUCUGCUUUACCUUGUCCCGGCCUGCGUCGGGUUCCCCGUCUUCGUCGCCCUCAUCAAAGGAGAACUCCCAGAGAUGUUCAGGUACGAAGAGACUUCUGAGGAGGCGGAGCCUAAAGAGGAUUCUUCAGAAUCUGAGAAAAAAGACCAAUAACAUUCAUUGCGACCCCUCCCCCACAUUUCUCUGAAGCCCCUCCCCCCACAUCUCUCCAGCUUCCCAUUUGUUGCCAGGGGAAUUGAGGGGCGGGGUUUAUGUUGCCAACAUGUUUGUCUCUGGUAACCAUGGGAACGACAGAUGGUCUCCAUGGUUGUGGCUUCUGUCAGACUGCUGGUGGCAGCGUGUGUUCGUGACUCCUCCUCUUCAUCAUAGGUGCACUCACGCAGAAACAUCGAGCUGCUGCAGGGGGCGGGGCUACAGGCAGUGUGAUGUUUUUGUGUGUUUGCAGCUCGUCAGCUCACAGAAACCAGGAAGUUGUUCUGGCUUUGAGCUCAAACAAGACCCAUCCAGAUCUGAGCCCACCUUCAGAACCACAUCAUCCAGGUGUCUCUCCUGGUGUCUUUAACCUCAUCCAGAUGUGUCUCGUCAUCUUUAGAGAUACUCCAGAUAGUCCAGGUGUGUCCCCGGUCUCCCUGCUUCCUGGUUCAUCAGCCGCUCUCUCUGCCUUCUGCUUUGUUCAGCCAUUUUCUGUCGGCUACCUUUUUUUUUCUCAACAAGCCCAGAGUUUUAAGAAGGAUAAACAUCUGACUAGAAGGUUUUUUUUUUUCACAUUUUGGUUUUAGUAUUUUUAGUUUUUACAUCUGGACUUCAUUUAAACUGAAAGUUUUCUGACAGUGUUAACUCUUCUGGUUAAAAGACCUUUUUGGACACUUGUAGAUUUCAAACCUGAAGCAUCGGAGCUGCCGCUUCCUGUUUAAUUCUGACUUCUGCCUCGUCGAUCUGAUGCCAAGCAGCUUUCAGUUUGACAAGUUUUAAUGUAAAGGACAGAAACGAUUGACUGUUUAUUUCUGCUGAAGUCCAUAAAUUUAAAUUUUGUUUUAUGAAUGAAGCCUGAAAAAUAAAACUACAGGAAAUAAUGUUUUCAAAUGAUUACUGUUAAUGCUAGACUUCAACAACAAAAGGUUUCUUUAAGUUGUGGUGAAGGCUCAGUGGAUGUUUCUGAGCUCCUCUGAAUUAAAUAAAAUAAUAAAACUUCAGUUUUAAGGACCAAAACUUUUCUCUGUUUCUGCUAAACACGCUAAAAUCAGUUUUCUUCAGCUGCUAGCUUUCUGGUCUGAGGUUUACUAGCGAGGGGAGGAGCAAGCAAAAGGGGGAGGAGACAGUGAACAGCCUGUGGGGGAGGAGCCAAACAAUCCUCGUCCAAUCAGCUGAGACUGAACGUUUAAAGGGAUUUUUUUUUUAAUCCGCGCUGAAACAAAGUUUGACUUGAUUUACGGAUUCAUUUGUUUCUUAACUUUUUUUUUUAGCCGUUAAAUAAUAUUUAAGUUUUUGAUGAAAACAAAUGAUUACAAAGACUGAAGAUUGUGAUGUUUUCUUUUAAAGUCCAGGUUUUAUUUCACACAUUUUGAAAUGUUAAGUGCAGAACUGAAGAUGACAUUUUGUUAAAGAACUGCUGGAACGUUGAAACUGAAGCAGCAGGUUACCCCUUCAAAGCUGCUCCUGGAAACUACAGCUCCCAGAAUGCAAUACUCCCAUGUUCUCCUGUGUAACUGGUUCAGUGAAACACCACAACCUGUAGCGUAGAUGAUUUGAACUGGUUAUGUUGUUGGGUUCAGGAAAGGAUUCACAGUUUUAGUAUUUUGAUGUAAACUGCAGAAGUGUUGCUCGGUGAAGUUCAGUAUCUUUUUAUUUUAAAUCUGUUUUUCAAACGUUUUGUUUUCUUCCUCUGGUUGUUUUUGUGAACACGGUCAUUUCGCUGCCUCAAAUGUAUCUGUUUUAUUUGCAAUAAACCUUUUGGUGUUUGGAUCACCGUUUAAA